UGUACACACGGCAUUUGAUGUACACAAAACAAUAACAAAAGUUUAUUUAUUGCUAUUUUCAAUCGAUAAAAAAAUAAAUGCUGCUGAAAAAUGCAAAGGGGUAAAAUUUCAUUUGGAAAGAUUAAUUUAAAUCUCAGUAAACCUGUGGAGAAACCGGCUGAUGCAGAAAAUGAAAGUAAAACAUCCUCCAGCUCAACGGGAGGUUUUAAGAAAAUUGACAAACAGCAAAUGCAAAAACAAAUUGAAGAUGUCACCGAGGACUUGGAAGCCCAGAGAUUAAGAGAAGUUAUGGGUCUUACGGGUUUCGGGCGAAAGACAGCUAAAGUAUUUGAUAUAAAUGAACAAAUUGCAAAGGCCAAAGAAGUGGCUCCUCUUCCAAAGCUACAAGAGGAUGAAAAAACCAACGAAGAGGAAAAUGAUGAUGAUGAUGAAGUUAUUGGUCCGCUUCCUUCAAUGGCGGGGGUUGGAGAAUCUGAGAGAUCCCAACAAAAAUCCCAAAACAAGACUUUGAAAGCUAAGGGUGGUGAUGAGGACGAUGAUGAUGACGACGACGAUGAUGAUGAUGAUGAUGAAGACAAUGAGGAACUUCAUUUGGAAAAGAAAAUACCCGACAGCCAUGAAGUGCAAAUGCAACACAGUUCAAAGGCUAUAUUAGCCUUAGCAGGCGAUCCUGCUGGUGCCCGCCUUGUAUCCGGAUCCAUUGACUAUGAAGUCUCAUUUUGGGAUUUUGCUGGCAUGGAUUCAUCCAUGCGCAGUUUUCGUACAAUUCAACCCUGCGAAAAUUAUCCCAUUCGUGAUUUGCACUAUUCCAUAACGGGUGAUAUGAUCUUAGUGAUCUCUGGCAAUUCACAGGCAAAGAUUCUCGAUCGUGAUGGUUUUGAGAAAAUGGAAUGUGUUAAAGGCGACUUGUACAUAAGCGAUAUGUCUAAGACCAAAGGUCAUACGGCACAAUUGACCUCAGGUUGUUGGCAUCCAUAUACCAAGGAGGAAUUUCUAACCGCUGCUUUGGAUGGCACUUUGCGCAUUUGGAGAGGUAUUAAAAAUAAAGAACAGCACACUGUCAUCAAAACCAGGGCUCAAGGUGGUUUAAAAACAAAUGCCUCCUCUUGUGCUUACAACAGAGAUGCUACAUUGAUAGCAGCCGGCUGCAUAGAUGGUUCAAUUCAAAUGUGGGAUACUCGUAAAAUGUAUGUGAAUACUACUCACUGCUUAAGAGGAGCUCAUCAAAAAGGUUCGGAAAUAUCUUCAAUAGUAUUCUCGUAUUUGGGUCAGCAACUGGCCACACGAUGCAAUGAUGAAACCUUGAAAUUAUGGGAUAUACGCAAUUUUAAACAACCCUUGCACACAUGGUCCAAUCUAUUUUCGCGUUAUGAUACAACAGAUUGUUGCUUCAGCCCGGAUGACAAAAUUCUAGUCACUGGAGAGUCUCUGGCCAAAGGGGAAAAAGAGGCAAAUCUGCACUUCUAUAAUUCCCAAACAUUCGAAGAAAUCAAGAGAAUUCCCGUAACAGAUUCACACAUUAUAAAAACUUUAUGGCAUCCCAAACUCAAUCAAUUAUUUGUGGGUUGUGGCAAUGGCAUAAUCAAAUGUUACUAUGAUGAGUAUAGAUCUCUUAGAGGAGCCAAAUUAUGUGCCGUCAAAAAGUAUCGAAAGAAACGCCAUAUGGAGGUUGUGGGAGUAUCUCAAAUUAUUACACCUCAUGCAUUACCAAUGUUCCGACAGGAAAAAUCUGGUUCCUCACGCAAGAAAAUGGAAAAAGAUCGCUUGGAUCCAGUCAAAUCUCGCAGACCUGAUUUACCGAUUACAAGCGGCCAAGGUGGUCGUGUGGCUAGUUCUGGUGGCACCCUUAGCUCAUACGUUAUACGCAAUUUGGGCUUAAGUAAACGUGUCGAUGAUGAUCAAGAUCCGCGUGAGGCCAUUUUGAAGUAUGCCAAAGAGGCGGCAGAAAAUCCCUAUUGGAUAGCCCCAGCGUACAAGCAAACCCAGCCAAAGCCUGUAUUUUCCACGCCAUUGGAAGGAGCUGGUGGUGGUGGUGAAGGCGAUGAUAAUGAACCUGAAAACAAAAAAGCCAAAAAGGAAUAAAAAAAAUUAAUUUGGUGAAUUUUUAUAUGCCAGGGCAUAAGGAGAUACCUUUAAGAUUUGCAAAAUAUUAAUUAAGUUGUUGCUUCAAAUGCACAAGACCCCCGUAAAAUAAUUAUAAACUAUUCCUAAGACGAAAAGUAAUACAAGCAAGGUAGAACUCCCUAUUGUUGCCAACAAUAAAGCUUGAUAGAAAAUUUA